CGACAUUUAAUUUCCUAGAGCAGGAUAUUACAUCAGACCAAUAAAAACAUUAUUAAUACAGAAAUGUGGGUGUAAUGAAAAGUAUGUUUAAGGCUGUUAUUUUCAAAAGAUACUUUCAGUGCAACAAAUGAUCCUCAUUAAACUGCAUAUUCGAGUUUAUUAAAUGCGGCUGUAUUUAAUACAGUUAUUGUAUCUAGCCAAUAACAGUUUUGGGUUUUGUUCGAUCUGUUCGGUUUUUAUCCAAUUCAGAACCAAAAUAAAUAAGAGAGGAAAAAUGUGUGCAGGCUCUUUGAUCAAGAAGGUAGUUUUGAAUCCGAGUAGAUAGCCCCAUUUAUUUAGCAAUCUAUAUGUCAAUAUCUUAUGUUUUGCCUGUCUUUAUAGACCAAAAAUGGUGGCAAUUCUUAAUUUUAAUAUAUUUAUUGAACAGGUGGGAAAAGUAUCAUUUUUUUUCAACGUUUGACCCCACUGAUCACCAUCUGAAAAAUAAUGUGAUUCCUAUGUGUGGCCGAUUAGUUGGUGCAGCUGCGGUGAAUUUCUUCUCGAUUGUAAAAGGUUGGAUUAUACAUAAUGUAUGUUUACGCAACAGUCCUACAGCCAAUCCCUUUUAUAAUGUAAAUUUUUAGACCACCACAUGCCGAGAUUUCAAUGUCAAUGAUAUUUUUUAUUUAUGCCGCACUGAGAUGCCAAUGGGAAGUAAACUGCGUUCAGCUGUUAAAUAGUCAUGUUGUGGGACUCGGCAUCCUCUCAGCUCGUUAUUCCCUCUCAGGUGUUGCAGGCCGAAUCGUCCCCCGGAGCGGCGUGUUACAGCAGACUGCGCCCGCUUUAGAAAAGAUGCCGGAAUGCCGCCUCCUUUGUGUGUGGCUUGUGCGUCUUUCCUCUGGUCCCCUCCGAUUGUCUCGCCACAGGGAUCAGGGAUUCGGCUCGGCAUUCGGGGGAAUAUCAGCGUCGCCGGAUCAGAUGAUGCUCUGACUCUCUCUCUUUCCUCUGCAGCUGCUGUUUCUAAGAAAAGCUCAAGGACGUGGUUUAAAACGCACAAGCGCACCAACAUAGCGUGCACGCGUGAGGCAGGUUUCACUUCCGAGCACAAGGCUCGUUCGUACGCGUGCGUUGAAGACGCAGAGUAAAACAAUUACUGCUGGAAGACUGCAAUUAGCCGUCAAGCCAGGAGAGCUUUCUGGAAGUGCCGACAGAGGCUGUUUUCCAUUGACCAUUGAAGGGGGCCUGCAGAGAAGAAAACGUUAGCGAAGCCGAGCAGAGGCGGACGUGAUAAUUGCAUUUCUUGCUGCCCUGUGGGAACAUGGGAUAUAUGACCCCAUCAUUCACUCGUAAGGCUCUCCAGUAAACAAUUCCACACAGAAGGAUGACGGAGGCGGUCGUAGAGAGUGCAGAUGUCCUUGCAAAACCCUGUGACACAAAAAGCCACCCCUCCCUGUCGCCAUGUCUACCCCUCUGCAGUCAGAAGGGGGGUGGGGAGUGUCACACUGACAUUAAGAAGCUCCAGCAGCAGGAACACUGUAACCAGGUGAUACCAAAGAAAAAAUUCAAGCCCAAAGGAAAGUUGGUGCGAAGCAUGGCGUUCAGCGAGGAGUCCUCCCCGUUUGAAGAAACCAAGGUAUCUCCAGACACAAACAUCCCAUCCAGCUGCCAUGACAACGAGAGGACCUCCAGUAGAGACGAGGAGCAGGAGAACAGCCCCGAUCCAAAGAAACCACCACUGUCUAAAGAGUCCAGCGUGGAGUACACCGACUCUACCGGCACAGAUCUGGACCAGUUUAUUGAGGACACCCUCAACAGCAACCCCAGAGACCGUCUGACACUGCUGAAACUGGAGCAGGACAUGACUGAUUUCAUCUUCAGCAAUAGUUCCUUUAAGAAGUUCCCUCAAAUGUCGUCCUACCACCGCAUGCUGGUCCAUCGGGUGGCGGCCUACUUUGGCAUGGAGCACAAUGUGGACCACACAGGCAAGUCGGUCAUCAUCAACAGGACAAGCAACACGCGCAUACCGGAGCAGCGCUUCUCAGACAUGGUUCACAAGGACAAGACCGAAGACACAUUCCCUCUGAAGAUACUAUUAAAGAGGGACAAUUCGGACGACCAGGGUCGCCACCACCCUUCACGCGAGAGGCAAAGUAAGUCGAUGGAGGAGAGAGAAGAAGAGUACCAAAGGGCACGAGAACGAAUCUUCAACAAAGAGGUGAGAGAAAGAGAUCGAGAGGAACUAAACGGGACACGACAAAAAAAAAAGAAAAGAAAAAAAAAGAAAGAAAAAGAAUGGACUGGAGUUAAUUUCUCCUCCUUUUUUUUAUCACUGCAGCCACUCUGCACUCAAGAGAGCGGCCAUGCAGAAAGCAGGGACGUGGAGGAGUACAAUUCAUACGUGGAGACCCAGAGGAAAAGACAGCUCUUCAGGAAAAGCCGUGCCAACUCGAGCUCCAGCUGGACGGGCAGCAGCAAGCAGAGCAGCAUCGAGACCGACUAUUGCUAUAGCAACGACCCCCCACCUUGGAGCAGCACAGAUUCAGACUCGUCCUUCCAGUGGACGAGUCAAGCGAUGAAAGCCCACCAGCCUUCCGGUCAGAGCUGGGACACACGAUCAGGCUCCAUCUCACUUUACAGACUGCCACCCCCUUGUGCGCACCCAUCUCCGCCUCCUCCCAUCAUCGAGGAGCCGGUUCACACCUACGUCGCGGAGAACGGCAUUCCACCAGGGAGCAUACUAGUGAACCCUCUUACUGGGCAACCUUUCCUGAACCCUGACGGAAGCCCAGCUGUGUACAACCCUCCAGAUAGUCAGCAACCAAUCAGUAGCCAGACUCUGCCGCCUCAGCAGCAGGUGGUUCAGUACUCGUCUGUCUCUUACUCAGCUCCCCAGAUGUUACCUGUCACUCCCUCACAGCCAUACUCAACAGUUGAAGAUCUCUCCUCACAGUUUGCUCAUGUGACAGUGAGCUGCCCGUCGACAGGAGACGCCGCUCCCAUCUACCCUCCCAGUCAGGGUUACAUCUAUGCAGCUCCUGCCCCUCCUAACCUGCCCAGCUUCUGCCAGCCCUCACCACAGGUGCCUGUGUACGUUUACCCUACCUCAGCCCAGCCUGGAUUCAGGCCCGCUUCGCCCUCCCAACAUGUCCGCAGCUCAGCAGCACAACCAGCAGCAGGUUACCCCCCUGCUGUGAGGGUGCAGCAGUCUUCCCACACCCAGCCUCAGCCUGUGCUAGGCACAUACACACCAGUUGCCUCCCACCAGUGUAGCAUGGUUCAGGGAGGCACUUCGGUGCCCUUUCCUCAAAGCAAAGCUGGGCCUGGGGGAGUUGGAGACGUGGGGUAUUGCUGCGUGGUUCCCCCACCUCCUCAUCACAGUAGCUGCACCAACCUCAGAGCACCUGCUUGGAACAUGCAGUAUUGAUGGUGUGACAAUACCUUGGUUCCUGUGUCAAGUCACACGCAGGCACACUGUUUUCUUUUUUUUUCCCCCCUUUUUCUUUUUUUCAAUGCAAAUGCAUUUUUUCGCACUCCCUUACCUUCACGCUCUUUCCUCCUGACGGUGUGGGUUCGCUGUUCCCACACUCACAACAUAGCCUCGCUCACAGAGAUAAAUGUUCCACUGUACCAAAGCUUAGUAGAAUAUAUAAGAGCUGCUGUACUGAAUGCAUAAUUUAUAUACACAAAUGGAGUUUUAUAUUGUUAUUAAAUUAUAUAUAUAUAUAUAUAUAUAUAUUGUGUUUUAAGGAAAUGCACUGUGUGAAGAGAAUAAAGUGCCAUGGUUUGACUGAUGAGGUCACA